AGGUGCUGCAAAAAACGACAAAACUUGGACAAAAAAAAAAUUAGUACCAAUUAAGCAAAGACAAAAUGACGGACGGUCCAAGACAGCGGAGCAGCACGGCGGGAUCUGCCAAGGAUGCAGCGCCUCAGAAGGAGUCUGGGGGAGUUGCGCUCAAGAAGGAGAUCGGACUUGUGAGCGCCUGUGGUAUUAUAGUUGGUAAUAUUAUCGGCUCGGGUAUCUUCGUCAGCCCAAAGGGAGUGUUGGAGAACGCCAGCUCCGUGGGCCUGGCCCUGAUCGUCUGGAUCAUCACAGGCAUCAUCACUGCCAUUGGAGCGCUGUGCUAUGCUGAGCUGGGUGUUACCAUCCCCAAGUCAGGGGGGGACUACUCCUACGUGAAGGACAUAUUCGGAGGACUGGCUGGGUUCCUGCGGCUAUGGAUUGCUGUGUUGGUCAUCUAUCCAACCAAUCAGGCUGUAAUCGCGCUGACGUUCUCCAACUAUGUUCUGCAGCCUCUGUUCCCCACCUGUUUCCCACCAGAGAACGGCCUGAGGCUCCUUGCUGCUGUCUGUCUCUUGCUGCUGACCUGGGUGAACUGCUCCAGCGUGAGGUGGGCCACCAGAGUGCAGGACAUCUUUACUGCUGGCAAGCUGCUGGCUUUAGCUUUAAUCAUCAUCAUGGGGAUUGUCCAGAUCUGCAAGGGAGAGUACUACUGGCUGGAGCCAGCUAAUGCCUUUGAGCCUUUCCAGGACUAUGAUGUGGGUUUGAUAGCCUUGGCAUUCUUACAAGGCUCCUUCGCCUAUGGAGGCUGGAAUUUCCUCAACUACGUCACCGAGGAGCUGGUUGAUCCUUACGUGAAUCUUCCACGGGCCAUCUUCAUCUCCAUCCCUCUUGUCACCUUCGUCUACGUCUUCGCCAACAUCGCCUAUGUCACGGCCAUGAGUCCCCAGGAACUGCUGGCCUCAAAUGCUGUUGCCGUGACGUUUGGUGAGAAGCUACUGGGAGUUAUGGCUUGGAUCAUGCCCAUCUCUGUGGCUCUCUCCACCUUCGGAGGAGUAAAUGGCUCCCUCUUUACCUCUUCACGGUUGUUCUUUGCUGGGGCCAGAGAGGGACACCUCCCAAGCCUUUUGGCCAUGAUCCAUGUAAAACGCUGCACCCCAAUCCCUGCUUUGGCCUUCACUUGUCUGUCCACCCUGCUAAUGCUGUGCACCAGUGACAUGUACACCCUCAUCAAUUAUGUGGGCUUUAUCAACUACCUCUUUUAUGGAGUCACUGUCGCCGGGCAGAUCGUGCUUCGAAUCAAACAGCCCAACAUGCAUCGGCCAAUCAAGAUCAGCCUGAUAUGGCCAGUUAUUUACCUCAUCUUCUGGGCCUUCCUGCUCAUCUUCUCCUUGUACUCUGAGCCUGUGGUGUGCGGCAUCGGACUUGCAAUCAUGCUCACCGGAGUUCCAGUCUAUUUCCUCGGCGUCUACUGGGACAAAAAACCACAGUGCUUUAAUGCUUUUGUUGACAAAAUGACGUACUUGGGCCAGAAGAUGUGCGUCGUUGUUUAUCCAGCCGAGUCCAGCAGCAGCGGCAAUGGAGGAGAGGAGGGCGAGGAAAUGCAGGAGGCCAGGUCUCCUCUGUCGAAAGACGAGGGAGAAAACCAUAAAGCAGAGGACUUUUGAAGCUGAUUUUUGUUUUCUUUUUUUUUUUACUCUUAGCUAGCCCCUUAUAGAAAAAAAUCUGCAAACAGACACACCCAUGUGGGUGUGCUCUACAAGUGCAGACACAAUCCACAGUUUGUUUACUGAUCAACACUUUUUCUCUAAGUGUGUCUUUUUAAUUGACUAGAAUUUGUACCAAAUAUCCCACCUGGGCUGGUUCGGCCUGAGCUCCAUCAGAAGUGCAAUAAAAAGCGGCUAACACCUUCCAUUUCCUCACCUCUACAGACACAUUUAAACUUUUUGUAUCAUUUUUUUUAUUUCCAGAGACUCUGUGGUGUCUUUUUGCUUUAUCUUUUGUCACCUUUGUAAAUUUUGCUUCGCUUCACGUUAAACACAACAAAGCUGCGUUAUUGAUUGUCAAAACACAAAGAAAUCUACUUCAGAUCAUUUCAUGUUUUUUUUAAUGACUCCAUGAUGCCUCAUUGUUUUGUAAUUGUUAUUAUUGGUCAUAGAUUACACUUAGUGUCUAAUCAUGUUUUGGCUUUUUUUUUUUUACUAUGUAAACUGUAAUAUUCUUGAUAUUAUGUUUCCCUAAUGUUCAUUUCAGCUUAAUUCUAUUCCUCAUACUGAAAAUAUGUGUUGAUUGUAAAAGUGACGUUGGAUUGGUUAUUUUGCUGACAAAAGGUGCAAAUAUUGUAUUACCUGCCUUAAUCGGAUAACAGUAUUGUGUGCUUUAGUGCAAUUCUAGCCUUUUUUUGGUGGAUACGGAAAAAUCCCUGUAGGUUUCUUUUUUUAUUAUUAUUAUUCUAGAACCUAAAAGAGACACUAAGCAAAUAAUUAUUUUUGAAAAAUCAUGUUCCUAUGUGGAGAGAAAGUAAUUAAUUUCUGCUAAACUUGCCUUUCUGCGUGCAAAUCACAUGCCAACAUUGAUUUUUUUUUUAAUAUAGUUUACAUCUUUGUUUUAAUACCCUUCUAUGCUUAAUUUUGAUGCACAAAUAAGAGCUUUACACAAAAUGUUUCUUUUUCUUUAUUCGCACAGCUAGAGGCCCCUUUUUUCGGUGCAAUAUCCCCACAGACACCAGCAAAACCCUAAAGCUGCACCCUGUGAAUGAGCCCUUAUGGGUUGUCUGUGUAUCCAACAUGCUGGAUUUUAAAGGAACCAACACUGCUGCACACACACAGACUAACUAUUCAGUCUUUGUGUCUCAGGGCAUUUCCCACAUACACUGCCAUGAAAUUUAGCAUGUCGAAUGGAAUCCAGUUUAAUGAUGCUCUGAAUCUUUGCUUUUAGAUAUUUAUUUUGAAAUUAUUUUUGAUUCUACAUCUAGAUGUAAAGUAAAAAAGAUGAAAGCGUUUGAUAAAAAUAAAAAAAAAGUUUGGCCAUUCCUGUAUGUCUUGUUAAAAUGUAGGGGUAGCAGGAUGCUGUAGAUGUACAAUGAUGUGUGUUUUUGUUGGACCUGCACGUUUAUUGUGCAUUUACAGUAUAUGAUGACUUCAUAGAUUGUAUUAUAAUUUCCCUAAAGUAAUGAAAUCCACUGAUUGUUUGAAUAUGUAAGCGUAGCUCACCUCUUAUUAGCCAGUCCACUUUAAUGUGGUAAUUUUCUUCAGACAUUAUUUAGCUCCAGCCCCUUUUCUAAUUUAUACCCCUAUUUUAUAUUCAUUUGGAGGUAAAGAAUCACGAAAGUUAUCAAAUCUCACAUAUAAUUUAACAUCACUGAAUGUUUGUUGAUUAAAACUUAACUGUUUGUUGUUCUGAUCCAAGUUUGAUCACUUUUCUUUAAAGUAGACUAACACAUAAAUAAACUAUAAUCAUUUGUUGGAACACCAUGUCCAGAGGACAGGGAGUGCACAGUCUGUACAACACUUCCUGCAGCAGACGGCUCCUUCACAAGCCAGAAAACAUCAGAACAAUUCAAACUUUAAAAGAGUGUAAAUGAUUAUCUUUGAAGUCGUCGUGUGUUUACCAGCUUUGUGAAGAGAAUUGAUCCAACAUACAAUGUGCAAAAAUGAGUCCAGAAAACAUUCCUAUCUUAAAAUCCGAUGCUGCAACUUUACUUGACUAGACUACAAUCAAAAUGGUGAAACUGAAACACAUAAAUACAGCCUUAACACUCCGAAGGGUUUUUAUUGGCCGUUAUUCUCUGAUAAGCUGCAACUUUUAUGACUUUUGAAUUUAAAAAAAAAACGCAAGCUUUCAAUGGGGUGGACAGUUACCAGUGUUUCCUGUCAAGUCGGUGUGUAGUUAGUAGUGAAACACCUUACUGCAUACAUAGCACUGUGACCACAAUGUUAUACAAAGUUUUCCAGCUUCUGCUGCCUCUUACUGUUUGCAGUCGGUCGAUCAUGUGAGGAAUAUCAAAUGUUUUAAAAUGUUCAUGUACAUAACGGUGGUCGAUGUUUGACAGAAAUAAAAAAAAAAAAGAUCUACA